AAGAAUUUAUUAAAGGACUAUCCGAAAUUAUGGUCCCAAAAUAUAUUAAUGAAUUUUGCAUGGGAUUGAAUUUUUAUUAUUGGACGUUGGAGUCCGGGCUUGGAGAAGAUGAUCAGAAAAAAACAUUUGCUUAUAAAAUCAAUUUGGAUAAUUUAAGUUUAAUAAAGAAUGUGUGGAAAAUCGAUAAACAAUUAAUAGUCGUGACCCAUGGAUAUAUCUCGAUGUAUGACGACCAGGGAGCAUAUUCCAUAAAAAAUACUUACGCAUUCAACUACCCGGAUCAGUAUAACAUCAUAACGUUGGGCUGGAUUGUAGAAUACCAUCAAUUCUUAGAUGUACUCAGAGAUUGUGAACAUGUAGGACAUGCAUUAAGUCAUUUUUUGAUCAAAUUAGUUAAAUUGAAGCUUAUUAUGCCUUCUAAUAUACACAUGAUAGGACAUAAUCUUGGUGCUCAUGUUCUUGGUGCAUGUGGAGCUAAUUUUUAUGAGUUGACGGAUAUGAAAAUCGGUAGAAUCACAGGUCUAAACCCGAAAGGACCCAUUUCUAUAUAUCCAUGGGAAAAAUGGAAUUAUUUAAAAAAAACAUUGCAGAAGGAUGAUGCGGAAUUUGUGGAUCUGAUCCAUACGGCAAAAGCUAAAAUAUUUCCUAGUACAACCGGACACGUUGUAUUUUAUCCGAACGGAGGAAAGACUUGUCAGCCAGGAUGUGAAUACGAGAUUGAUGAUUAUAAUUAUGAUCUUUUGAAUAAAAAAAAAAUUUCAGAAUUGUUUUGCAGUGAUGCAAGAUCUUAUGAAUUCUACAAAGAUUCGAUAAUCUAUAAAUCGGCUUUUGUUAGUGAAUUAUAUAAUCCAAAGACGAAAAUAUUAAUAAAAUAUGAAAAUAAACCUGUAAAAUCCAACCGUAUGGGUCAUUAUGUAAAUAAAGAAAAGCAUGGUAAUUUUUAUUUAAAUACGGAGGAAAAAAGUCCUUUCGAUUUUCAGUGGUACAUACCUAGAGGUUAAUUGAUAGUUAAUAGUUGUUCAAAAUUUGGAGCAUAAUAAAAAAUUAUAUUUUCUAACAACGUAUGUUGCUUUCAGUAACAUAUUAUGAUUUAAGAAACAUAUUAAAUACAAA